AUGGACAAACACAGCCUGCAGAGGCUUCGCAAAAGCGGUCGUAGCGCCUCGCCCGUGGGACGGCUGCCGCUGCGCCCAUCAACGGCCGCCAACAGCAUCUCGGCCGCCUCCACAUCGACGCGGCUCACCGCUAGUUCGUCCUCGGAGCGUACCCGCAACCCGUCGACCGAGAGCGACGGCAGGCCGCGCACGCCGCCCUCGACGAGGCCUUCGAUGAACUCGGGCCAACAAGAUGACUAUGCCGACGACCAUCCGAGCCCGACUUCCGAUGAGGUCAGCCGGGCGCUGUGGACGGGAGCAUCCGACUCGGACGACGGUUCGGACGACGCAACGCCGGCCGCGAGUUUCCGCACGGCGACACCCAUCGGGACAGGGAAAUCACGCUCCAAGGAUACCCGGUCCAUCUUCCAAUCCAUCUUUAACAAGUUUGCAAAGACCGGAAGGCGGUUUGGCUUCGUGCCAAACAGCAAGUUUACCAAUCGACACGCAAACAACGUCUGCUGA